AUGGCAUGCUAUUUUGGUUGGCUAGUGUUCGAUAUCCGUGCAACUUUCUAUGCAAUACUUAUUGAUAAUUACGUAAAAUCUAAUAAACUAUAUAUAACAAUGACCAUAAUAUGGAUUUCUCAUAAUAUUUCUAAAUUUCUGCUCUUUAAUUACGUGUGCGAAACAAUUAGUACCAAGGCAAGUGCAACAGCAAAUUUACUAAAUAGAUUAUUGUAUUCCAAUUAUGAUGUUGAAAUUCGUGAAACCAUUUCACAAUAUUCAUUACAAAUUAUACAUAUGCCACUUAGAUUCUACGGAAUAGGACUUUUCCAAUUUGGCUUCCAAUUUCUUUACAAGUUCGUCCUGUCAAUUGCGACUGUUUUAGUUAUAGUGAUACAAGCGCGCGAAAAUAU